AUGAGUGACGUGGUGAUGAGACCAAUCCGGACUGCUGCAGAUCAGCGCGUCAUGUGAUGACGUGUUUAGAGUGCUGCACGCGGGAGUCACAACGUGAAGUCUUGUUUUUAUACUGUAAUAACUUCAUGUUUUCUUCUGUGAUCGUUUUCUUGUCACAGAGCAGAAAGUGAGCAGGUGAGAAGAUGUUGACUUCCAAGCUGCUGACCCUGGUGCUGGUGGUCCAGCCGGGCAGGGUGCUGCUCGGCAUGAAGAAGAGAGGCUUCGGGGUCGGGAAGUGGAAUGGGUUUGGAGGAAAAGUCCAGCCUGGAGAAACUAUUGAAGAGGGUGCAAGGAGAGAACUGCUAGAAGAAAGCAGCCUCACGGUGGACGCUCUCGAGAAGGUCGGAAACAUCAAAUUUGAGUUUGUUGGAGAAACGGAGCUGAUGGACGUCCACGUUUUCAGAGCCGACGCUUAUAAUGGAGAACCAACAGAGUCGGAAGAAAUGCGGCCUCAGUGGUUCGAAAAUGACCAAAUUCCUUUCAGUCAGAUGUGGGCUGAUGACGUCCUGUGGUUCCCGCUGAUGCUCCAGAAGAAGAAAUUUGUUGGAUACUUUAAGUUUCAGGGUCACGAUGUGAUACUCAGCCAUAAACUGGAAGAGGUGGAGGAACUGUGAGACGACCUGCGUUUCUGAGGACAUUUAAGAGUGCCACAAAAAAAAGCAGCGGCCUUUCCAAUUUCUUCUUUAAAUGCUGAAGUAAUCCCACUGUUCAGCGUUUGUUGUUCACUUGUGGGAGGAAACGGCGAGACUCUGAAGACUUAAACCACGUUAACUGUACAUGGAGAGUGUUUACAUGUAAAAUGACUGUAACGUAUUGAUAUUGAACUCCUUUUUCUUCUAUAACACAUCACAUUAGGGCUGUCCUCGACCGGAGAAAUUCUCUUAAGGUUUUGUUGACUAAUCGGUUAAUUGCUUAAAUCAACAGAUCUGUAAAACGGAGUUUUGAAAGAAUCACACAAAAGCAUCACUUUAAAUCCUGCGUUAACCAGAGAUGUUCUCACAAGUUUCUUGGAAAUAAGUCAUUCAGCAUGAAAAAACAGAAAAAUGCCUACUCGACUAAAGAAAUCUCCGUCGACUAAAACCAAAACGGCCGAUUAGUCGACUAAGAGGGGGCAGCCCUACUACACAUAAUAAAUAAAAAUCAAUGAAAGCAGCAGUAUACUGACAGAAAUAUCCAUUCUGUUAUUUUAUUUUCAGGAUAAUUGAUUUAACACAAUUUCUUUAAUAAAAUAUUUACAAUAUCUACAGUCAUAAUUUUACUAGAUUUCAUAUUCUGUGCAAGUUAGUUAACUUCAUUCCUGAUAUUUUUUUUCUUGCCAAAACAAGUGUGUUUCAUACUGUAUGCACAGUGUUACUGUUUCUUUUAUAAAAUAAAAGUUGAACUAUGUGCACAUUUCCUGA